GGGGAGCGGACAGUCGAACGGCCUGAGAGGGCUUAGCUGGUCCGGGUGGGGUUCUGAAGGCCAGCGGAGGUGGGCUUACUAGGGAAGGGGGCGCAGCAGAAACUAACGGCAACUGAGAGGCGGGACCUGCGGCCGCCCGGGACCCUCGGCCAACAUCCCAGCAUCCUCUGCGCCGUGCCGGCCCCGGACUCCAUUUCCCAGCGGCCCCUGCGGCCUGCCCUACGGCUGCGGCGCCUUUGUGAGCGCGGCUGGCGGCCAGGAUCGAGCCCUGGCCCGGGCCCUGGCCCAGCCCCGGCCUCCAAGGACCGCAGAGAAGGAGGUGCCCACCGGAGGGAGGAGGCGGUGAGGAGCGCGGGAUGGAGCUGACGCCGGGAGCGGCCAUGCCACCAUGUGUGGGACCGUGUGUGACAGUGUGUGAGAAUGUGUGAGACAUUAAGGAACCGUGUGUGACAAUGUGUUUGACAGUGUGGAACCGUGUGUGAGUCCAUGUGUGACUGUGUGAGAAUUUGAGACCGUGUGUGACAGUGUGAGAAUGUGAGACCGUGUGUGAAUAUGUGUGUCAGUGUGAGACCAUGUGGGACAAAUGUGGGACUGUGUGUGACAAUAUGAGACUGGGUGUGAGAAUGUGUGUGACAGUAUGAGACCGUUGCCCCUGUGUGUGCGGGAGCCUUUGACAGUAUAUGGGACCGUGUGGGACUGUGUGACACUGUAUGUGUUUAAGACCACAUCACUAUGUGUGAGACUGGGAAUGUGUGACAGUGUUAAACUGUCAUUAUGUGUAGACCACGUGUGAACAGUGUGUAAGACCAUGUCACUGUGUGUGUGACCUGUGUGUGUGGGAUAAUGUAAGACUGUGUGACAGUGUGUGUGACUUUGUGAAUAGAGCUUGACCGUGUGUGUAGGAUUAGGUGAGACUGUGACAGUAUGUGAGACCAUGUCACCGUGUGUGAGGCUAUGUGUGGUUGUGUACGGUGUGUGGCUGUUGAUGUGGGACCACGUGAAACUGCGACAGAAUUUGUGUGACAGUGUGUGAGACUGUGUCACUGUAUGUGAAACUGUAUGUGAACAGAGUUUUUGUUGUUGGACUAAGAUUGUAUGUGACAGUGUUUGAGACUGUGCAUGACAGUGUGUGUGAUUACGUGAGACUGAGGGAGAUGGUGUGACUUAGCACUGUAUGUCAUCCCGACAGUGAGUGUGACAGUGUGAGUCAAAAUGGCCUUAUAUGACCCAUUGUGAGAGCAGGGUGGGCUACAAUGUGGGGGCAUGUCCAUAGGUUGCCAGGGGAGGUGCCAGAAUGAGAAACUGUGUGGUUUGUUGUCUGUGAUUUGUGUGGGCAGGAAGCUGUGUGGGUGCUUGGAGAUGCUGGUGUGCUCUGGGGUUUGGGAGACUGCUGUUCUGAUGGAGAGACAGAGAGAUUGGGAUAAAGGGGAAAAGAUGGAGAAAGGGAGAGGGGACGAGAGCUGGAAAGGGAGAGACAGACAGGAGCCUCAGCCUUAAGCCUGAAAAGCUGACCACGCUGGCUGCUUGUCCUCUGGCACAGUAGUUUUUCCAUCCCUCUCAGUCUCUGGGGGCAUGUGAGGAAUUUAAAAGGAAAAAGGAAUGGGAGACCUACCAUGUGCUGUUUAUGAAAAUAAAUGUCAGAAAGAUGAAAAUUUAUUUAAGAAAGGAUAUACCAAGCACUGUGCUCAAUGCUUUAUGUAGAUCAUUUCAGAAUCCUCCCAACAAUUGAUAGGGAAUAGUUACCAUUUCACUGAUAGAGAAACAGGUUUGCAGUGGUUACCUAACUUGCCAGAGGUUGUAUAGGUAGCAUGUGGUGGUUUGGCUGUUUGAGACCAGGUGUUCUGAUCCUUAAGCCUAGUAGUUCUUACCACUAAGUUAUGCCACUUCUUAGGUAAUGGCUUUAUUCUUCAAGGCAGUGAGGUCUGUGGACAAGAAUUCAUGAUAGGGGGUUUGGAUGACUGUUCAUGCAUAGCCUGCCCCUCCCUCCCUCUCUCCUUCUUUCUCUCUGAGGAGAUUGCCCAGAAAAGUCAAGAGAUUAGUUUUCAGUUGUGGGUCGUCAUAAGCCAGGACCUGAAGUAGGCCGUCUUGACUCUUUGAUCGAGUGUCCACCACACCACAUGGACCAUCUGAUACUCACUCUGUGUAUGGAGAUGCUUUCUCUCAGAAAUUUCACUUUGUAGCUUCAUCUCUCAUCCUUGCAGAAAGGGUGGGGACAUAUUUCCUUUCAACAUCAUGAUCGGGUGGAAAGAAUUAAAAGUUAGACCUGGUUUCCAGUUUGGCUUAAUUACUUAUUACUAUGAUGCCUUGAAUAAUUACUCCGAUGAAGAGCCUUCAUGUGUGAUAGAGGGGGAAAUCCUUGCUUGCUCGACUUUCUCAGGAUACUGUCCCUCUCCCAGAGAGGAGCUGAAGGAGUAGGACAGAAGAACUGUCAAAUUCUGGAAUCCUUAAAGCCAUGUCCAAGGAUUUGGUGACAUUUGGGGAUGUGGCUGUAAGUUUCUCUCAAGAGGAAUGGGAAUGGCUGAACCCUGCUCAGAGGAAUUUGUACAGGAAAGUGAUGUUGGAGAACUACAGGAGCUUGGUAUCAUUGGGAGUUUCUGUUUCUAAGCCAGAUGUGAUCUCAUUAUUGGAGCAAGGAAAAGAGCCCUGGAUGGUGAAGAAGGAGGGAACAAGAGGCCCAUGCCCUGAUUGGGAGUAUGUAUUUAAAAACAGUGAAUUUUCAUCAAAGCAAGAGACAUAUGAAGAAUCAUCCAAAGUUGUGACAGUGGGAGCAAGACAUCUUAGUUAUAGCCUUGACUAUCCCAGUUUGAGAGAAGACUGUCAAAGUGAGGACUGGUAUAAGAACCAGCUGGGAAGUCAAGAGGUACAUCUUAGUCAAUUAAUCAUCACUCAUAAAGAAAUCCUUCCAGAAGUUCAAAAUAAAGAAUAUAACAAAUCUUGGCAAACAUUCCACCAGGAUACAAUCUUUGAUAUACGACAGAGUUUUCCCACCAAAGAAAAAGCACAUAAGCAUGAACCACAAAAGAAAAGUUACCGAAAAAAAUCUGUUGAAAUGAAACAUAGGAAAAUCUAUGUAGAAAAGAAACUUUUGAAAUGUAAUGAUUGUGAGAAAGUCUUCAACCAGAGCUCAUCCCUUACUCUUCAUCAGAGAAUUCAUACUGGGGAGAAACCCUAUGCAUGUGUUGAAUGUGGGAAAACGUUCAGCCAGAGUGCAAACUUGGCACAACAUAAGAGAAUACAUACUGGGGAGAAACCCUAUGAAUGUAAAGAAUGUAGGAAAGCCUUCAGCCAGAAUGCACACCUGGCCCAGCAUCAGAGAGUUCAUACUGGAGAGAAACCUUAUCAGUGUAAAGAAUGUAAAAAAGCCUUCAGCCAGAUUGCACACCUGACUCAGCAUCAGAGAGUUCAUACUGGAGAGAGACCUUUCGAAUGUAUUGAAUGUGGAAAGGCCUUUAGUAAUGGUUCAUUUCUUGCUCAGCAUCAGAGAAUUCAUACAGGAGAGAAACCUUAUGUGUGUAAUGUGUGUGGGAAAGCCUUUAGCCAUCGUGGAUACCUAAUUGUACAUCAGAGAAUUCAUACUGGAGAGAGACCCUACGAAUGUAAGGAAUGUAGGAAAGCCUUCAGCCAGUAUGCACACCUUGCUCAACAUCAGAGAGUUCAUACUGGAGAAAAACCUUAUGAAUGUAAAGUAUGUAGGAAAGCCUUCAGCCAAAUUGCAUACCUUGAUCAACAUCAGAGGGUUCAUACUGGAGAGAAACCCUAUGAAUGUAUUGAAUGUGGGAAGGCCUUUAGCAAUAGUUCAUCACUUGCACAACAUCAGAGAAGUCAUACUGGAGAAAAACCCUAUAUGUGUAAGGAAUGUAGGAAAACAUUUAGCCAGAAUGCAGGCCUUGCUCAACAUCAGAGAAUUCAUACUGGAGAGAAACCUUAUGAAUGUAAUGUUUGUGGGAAAGCCUUUAGCUAUAGUGGAUCUCUUACUCUACAUCAGAGAAUUCAUACUGGAGAGAGACCCUAUGAAUGUAAAGAUUGCAGGAAAUCUUUCAGGCAGCGUGCACAUCUUGCUCAUCAUGAGAGAAUUCAUACUAUGGAGUCAUUCUUGACUCUUUCCUCUCCCUCACCCUCCACAUCAAAUCAGUUGCCAAGACCUGUAGGUUUCAUCUCCUGAAUAUGUCUAGAAUCCAACUCUUGAAUCCAUUUCCAUUCCAUCGUCCUUGUCCAAUGCACAUUAAUAUAUUUGACAUGGGAUACUCGAGUAGCUUUCUAAUUGGCCUCCUUGUAUUCACCAUUGUCUCUGUCAGAUGUCUACACUGCAACCAAAUUUGUAUUUUAAAAAAUAUGUUUAAUCUCAUUUCUCCCUCAUUAAAAUUCCUCAGUGGCAUCCCAUGGUUUUUAAGUUAAAGCACACAUUCUUCAAAAUAGCCUAAACACCUAGCCUCUAACACCUUGUUCCAGGCUACCUUCCAAAGUUCGUAUCUUGUGUCACUAUCCAUCUCAUUCUCUGAAUACUUACCCAGGAUUAAGAUACAUAUUCCAGGAUCAAAAAGACCUGGGUUCCAAUUUUUGCACUUCCAUUUUCUGCCCUCUAAUUUGGGGGCAGCAUUUUGUGCUUUGUAAGCUUCAGUCUUAUUUAUAGUGUGGGAAUAAUAAUGGUUCUACCUCAAAAGUUAAUAGAAGAAUGAAAUAAUGCAUGUAAAUUGCUCAGCAGCGUGCCUAGCAUAAAGUAAUUACUCAAACAUUAAUGUAAAGUAAAAAGAUAACCAUACUAUACAUAGAAAGCCAAUCAUCUCAGCCAUGAUUAUCUCAGAAAUAAAAAGAGAUGCAGCAGCUCAGGACUGAGAGAUUGUGAAGUUUUUUUUAAUUAGGAAUGAUAGGCAUUUUUCUAAAAGUAGGUGAGGAGGGUAUCUAACAGUAGGAUUUACAUUAGAGUCCAUGAUAUAGGGUAAGAUGGUGGCUUGUAUCAGCAUUCACUGGAUAUUUAACAGUUCUAAGACACUAAUGUCUUAUUUCAAAAGUCUUUUUUUUUUUUUUUUUUUUUUUGAGAUGGAGUCUUGCUCUGUUGCUCAGGCUUGAGUGCAGUGGUGCAAUCUUGGCUCACUGCAACCUCUGCCUCCUGUGUUCAAGUGAUUCUCCUGCCUCAGCUUCCUGAGUAGCUGGGAUUACAGGCCUGCACCACCACGCCCAGCUAAUUUUUGUAUUUUUAAUAGAGAGAGGGUUUUGACAUGUCAGCCAGGCUUUUCUCUUAACUCCUGAUGUCAGGUGAUCCGCCUGCCUUGGCCUCCCAAAGUGCUGAGAUUACAUGCGUGAGCUACCGUGCCUGGCCUAAAAAAUCAUUUUUAAUAAGACAGUUUACUGAGAUGUAUUCAUCAUUUACAUGUAAACAAAGGCAAAAUCGAAAUUAAAAAGAAAUCUUGGAAAAGUAACCAAUGAUGAGUAGAAAAUAAAGUAUAAGCUUGAACCCCUGUUCUAAAUCUGGGUGAAUGAAUUAUAUCAAACCUAUGUCAUUUAAAAUAAUAAAGGUUGUUAAAUUACUAAAAUUUCAAAACUAGUGAAGAAAAGAAACCAAAACUAUAGGUCAGUUCUCAUAAACUGGCCUACAAACAUGUUUGAUUCUGUAUGCAUCAAGUUUAAAAUACAUAGGAAUACCUUCAGCAGACCAUGUGUUUUCCCUUUCUCCAACAUUCAAACCACUGAUCCUUUACAUCUGACUUCUUAAUAUUACUUCCUGACCCCAGAAGUCUUUUGGCAUAUAAUAAAUGCAGUGAUGAAUUCACAUACGACUAUAGAUACAAACAGAAUGACGAAAGUUUAAUGGAGGAUGAAAAAGAUAAAUAAAUAUUUUAUCCUUUAUAUGGUAAGACAGAUUCACUAUCAUACUGAUGUCAGUAGCCCAUGAAUUAAUUUACAGAUUCUGCCUAACAAAAGUCUAAUAAAUUUUGUAAGGUUUUAACAUGUAUGUGUGAACAUACAUAUUCAUGCUGUUACACAUAUAAAGAAAAUUAUAACAAAGUGACCUAUACCAUCAGUGGUUUAACAGUUUUGGAAAAAUUUAUCCUGCUCUAUACAACAAUUCAUUCUUUCCAUAUGUGAAAGUUACUUUCAAGUGGUUUAUCUAAAUGUGGAAUAAACAGUAUUAGAGGA